UCUCAUAUCUUCAAUAUCUAACAACCUUUGACUUGAAUGUUUUUGUUACUAAUUAGAUGACAGGUAAAUGUAAGAAUAAAGAUAUUGAUAAUGGCCCCAAAAAGAAAAAAAAAGAAGAAGGUAUGGUUAGUAGACAACAAACAGGUAUACAUAUAAGAUCAGACAACACAACAUCUCUCCCACCAAAAGACACUCAGCCACAUUGCUAUUCUAGGCGGACCGUGCCUCCACGUAUUAAUCCUCCUUCGACCUAUAUGCAUCCACCACUGGAAUAUACUCAGCCGCCCCCUCAGGUACCUUUGAUGAUGACCACAUCAGGGAAUGCUACCCCACAGGGAUACAGUGUUUUGCCUCCAGAGGAUAAUCGACCAACGUCUAGUGUCUCUCGCACUAAUACUCACAACCCUGCAGACUCACAGCCAUCAUCAUCAUCUGCUUCACAACUUAUGAUGUCGAGUCUUCGCAUUCAAGGUAAUAGUUCUGAGCCUAACACUCCUACCACAAAUCAGUCAGAUACACCUGGUCAUGACAAUACACAAGUUGGCAUGAGGGACAUGCAUAAUAGACUUGUCAUUGAGCCUGAAGGCUACACUUUCAAUCCAGAUGAUGCUGUGGGGAUCAUUUCUCAGACAAUCAAAGAACUCUAUAGAGAUGCUUAUCCUACAUGGGGCAAGUUCCCUAGCAAUCUCAAGAGACAAAUAUUUUUGGAGUUCAGGAAAAAAUGUGCUUGGCGUCCGGAACAUGAGGCCAAAAUUUGUGCAAACUUUCACAAGAAAGCUACGCAUACUCUUGCUAGUUUGUUUAAUAAAGCUCGUAGAGAUAAUAGCAAACCUAGCUGGGUUCUACCGGAGGAUUGGGCAAAAUUACUCGUGCAUUGGAAAUAUGAUCCAAGAUUUAAGCAGAUGAGUGAGAUCGGUAAAAAGGCAAGAUCAUCUACUAAGGGUGGUUCUCUACACACAAGUGGGGCUCAAAGUCAAGGAAGUGUGAGGAGGAAAUUGGAAAAGGAACUAGGAAGACCGAUAACUCAAGCUGAGGCAUUUAAGGCAACACACAUUAGAAAGAAGAAAAAUCCUGAAGAUCCAGACGUGUGGGUUGAACCGCGAGCUGAAGUGACCUAUAAUCGAUAUCUUCAAGCUUUGGAGGAUUUACAACAAACUCUGCCUGAAGAAAAUCGAGGUAUGCCACUUACUCAAGAACAGGAUGAGAGAGUUUGGUUAGACUUGACUUGUGGGCCGAGUAGAUAUGGGUAUGCAUAUGGAAUGCCGCAUAAAACCUUUCGUGAAUUUUCUUCUGAGUUUGAAGGCCUAAAUAGUUCAAAUCAUGAUGAAUCAAUGAAGAAAAAUUUGGCUAUGGAGAAAAAGAUUGUUGAGCUAUCUAGCCAAGCCGAAGAAUCACGGGCUAGGGAAAGGCGGUUGGAAUUACAGUUUGCGGGUCUUAAGGCUCAAUUCGAUGCAUUACUUGCCUCAGGAGGGAUUCCCCCUUGUUCUGGUGAUGUCACUUUCCCUCCUCGACCUCCUCAAUCUCAACCUACUCAAUAUCCAAUGUAUGGUCAACAAAGAAAUAUGACCCAUGAGAGUAGUGAUGAAGAAAGUGAUGAAGAAAGUGAUGAUUAUGUGGCAAACACACUACCACAUUAGUGAAGUUUAGACUUGUGAUAGUUAACUUAUGGAUCAUUUUGUUAACUUUAUAAUUUUGUGAUGGGAAUUAUUUGUUUUGUGAAUACAUGAUAACGUUGGAAUGUAUUAUAUAACUUAUGGAUAUCAUGGUUUUUGUUUAAUAUAUAAUUAUGUUGAAGUGA